AUGAAUCCACCUCCAACUAAUGAAACAUUCACAAGUCAUCAUGAGCUUCUUAAAUAUGUUCAGAUCUUUGCUAAAACUCAAGGAUAUGCUGUAUCUAUAAAGAGGUCACAAAAAGACAGAAAAGGUGAAACAAAAAAUAUAGCAUUGGUAUGUAACAGAAGUGGUCUUUAUAAGAACAGUUUAAACUUGACAGACAAUACAUGCAGUAGAAAAACAGCAUCAAGACUUGUGAAUUGUCUGUUUGAGCUUUUUGGAACUAGACGUAAUAAUAUUUGGUACCUUGAAAUCAUAAACCCAGAACAUAAAAACUAUGAAGCAUUAACGAAUAUGUCUGGGCAUUCGAUAGCUCGAAGGUUGAACACUGAGCAAAAGAUGAUAGUUAAGCAAAUGGCUGCUGCUGGUUCUUGUUCCCAUCAAAUUUUAUCUACCAUACAUCAAAAUGAUCCAUUUUUAAUAGCUAUAUCUAAGACAGUCUACAACGUCUUGCAAUCCAUUCGUCAGGAAAGACUUGAUGGUUGUACACCAGUUCAAGCCUUUUUCGAUAAAUUACAAGAAUCUGAUUUCGAAUUUGAAUAUCAAUAUGAUCAGCAAAACUAUAUAACUCAUCUUUUUUUUGUACACAAAGUCUUUAUAGCUUUAACUCAUACCUAUCUUACCAUAUUACUGAUUGAUUGCACAUAUAAAACAAAUCAAUAUAAAAUGCCUUUGAUGAAUAUUGUGAAUGUAUCAAGCUUCAACAUCAGUUUUUUUUCUUGUUUUGCUUUUCUACAUGAUGAAACAGAAGAAGAUUAUGAGUGGGCCUUGACUUGUGUUGCAAAAAUUUUCAAUGAAUUACCUUAUUCCAAUGUUAUUGUUACAAAUCGGGAAUUAGCACUAAUGAGAGCUGCUGAAAAAAUUUUUUCUAAUACUUACAAUGUUCUAUUAGUAAUGGCAUCUGGCACUGAACAAGAAUUCAUAACUAAAUGGAAUGAAUUUUUAAACCAUUAUACAAACAAACCUAAAGCCUUAAAAUAUCUUCAAGAAACCUGGAUUCCUUAUAAGGAACAUUUUGUUUUAGUCUGGACUAAUUGUGAUCUUAAGUCAGUACACUACAAGAUUGUAUUACAAAUAGAAUCACAAGCAAGAGAGAUUCACGCAACAAUUUCUUCUCAAUCAUCGAAUGCAACUCUAGAUUCUCCUCUAAAACCUUGCAUAGGAACUUUCAGAUCUAUGAUGAGGCUUCCUUGCUUACACAUAAUUAAUGAACAUCUAUCAGCUAAUUUGACAUUGCAAAAAGUUGAUUCCCAAUUAGAAGAGUUAGUAAAUACCCCACCUGUCAUACUAGAAGAGCCUGUUACUAGUAAGCCACGAGAAAGACCAGCAGGUGCAAAAAACAAAAGAACAACACAGAGAAAUCUGUCUGCAUUCGAGCAUGUUGAAAAAUGA